GCCACAGACAGGAGAGUGAGGACUGAGGAGACCGGCACCCACCCGACCGCACCAACCCGCCGCCACCGCCCCGCGCAGCCGCACUAGCCGAGCCGCCUCGCUGGCCAGUGUCCACCGGCGACCAUGUCCCCGGCGGCUUUGUUCGUCUUCCUCCUCGUCUCCGCGCUGCAGAUGCUCGACCGCGUCCUCGAUCUCGCCAGAAAGAGGGGAUCAUUUAGUGAUGAUCAGCUCAAACUACGGAUGGAGAUCACGCAACUUCUCAAGGAGGCUAGUGCACUGUCAACGCCAUCGACGUUUGCGCAAGCUGCGAAACUCAAGCGGCUGGCUGCUGCUAAAGAGAAGGAUAUGGCAAAACUACAAGAGCUGAACAUUAAAGGGAAGCAGUCAUUAUAUGACCAAUAUGGAAGAGUUCUGUUGAUCACCAAGGUUCUAAUUUAUGGUGUGCUCAUUAUGUGGUUUUGGAGUACUCCUGUAACUACUGUUCCCCAGCAUCUGCUACAGCCGUUCGUGAUGGCAUUUAUUGGAUUAGUUCUAUUCUAUCCAAAAGAUAAGUAUGCUUUCAGCAGAAGAAUAAUCUGCUUCAAGAAAUUAUUCCCCCUUUUCUGUAAAUUACUGCAUGCAUUUGAUAAGUUACUAAAAUGAGCUUAAUAGUGAGGUUAGUAAUCACUAAACACAUAUGAAGGGUUUGACAAUAAGGCUUUUUUUCAGUGAAAACAAUUAGGCAUUUUGCAAAUACUCAAUACAUAUGUCAAUUUUUGGAUCAGGAAUGUGAAUAGUUGUUAUAAGACUAUAUACUGCUGUAGUUCUGUGGAUCUGUGCUGAUGUUAAAUUUGGGUAUAGUUGUCUUUCUGAUUGAUGAGUGUUGAUAUCCUUAUUCCUUAGUACUUAACAUGGCUGUUCUUGGCAACAAAAAAUUAUUUAUUGCCUCCUUUUUUUUAUAAUGGGUCAUUUGCUAUGCUAUAUAGUUGAGAGUUAUCUAGAAGUUAAUGCUUCCAAAAUGCU